AUGUCUGCACUUGUUGCCACAUAUCUUCAAUACUGCUCACAAGACCUGGGUGAUGGUUUACCUUCUGAGGAGCCUCCUAACAUAAUGCCUGCACCUGUGCCCAUGCCCAUGCCAGGCCUCUUGUUAUGCAAUAUUGAGCUCAUAGGCAUGUUUAGUAUCUUACAUGCCUAUCUUACCAAGCAACUGAGUGUUGUGUAUGAUGUCUACCUGGAGAUUCUUCACUCCAUUGACAGCCAGCUCAAGAAGGUGAUGGGCCAAGACACUGCCAAUUGGUGGUUGUUGAAUGCAUGCCCUCUGGUAUCCAUUGAUGGCAACAACAGCUUGAAGCGAUGGAAUCUGAUGGUUUAUGGCACAACCCCAUGGUUGGAUACCUGA